AUGUCCUCACAAGUCGCCAAGGCCGCGCGCCGUGUCACCCACGAGCUGCAUGGCGUCGUCGUCUCAGCUGGCCUCAUGCAAAAGACUGUAAAGGUCCGAGUCGGCGGUCAGAAAUGGAACAAGAUCGUCAACAAGUGGUAUGCUGACCCCAAGCACUACCUCGUUCACGACCCCAACUCUUCCCUCCGAACCGGCGACGUCAUCUCCAUCGUUCCCGGAUGGCCGACCUCCCAACACAAGCGUCACGUCGUCAAGCACAUAAUUGCGCCGUUCGGCGUGCCAAUUGAGGAGCGUCCACCUGUGCCGACCCUGGAGGAGAGGAUAGCGGAGCGAGAGGCCAAGAAAGCUACCAAGGACGAGCGGAAGGCCGCCCGGAGGCAGGCCGAGGUGGAGAGGACUCAAGAGGAAAAGAAGCUGGAGCUUGAGAAGAAGGAGGCUAAGCGCAAGGCCUGGGAGGAGGCACGGGAGCGCAAGGCCUAG